GCAAACUCAAUACACAUUUGCAGAUCUCUCGUAGUAAAACCCUCUAUACAUAUAAACCCUAGCUUUCAGAACAGACACCAAUGGCUUCUAAGGUACCUUCAGGGAACGGAAUCGCUGCAGAAACUCCCAAAACGGAGGCAGAGUCCGAGAUUCACGCCACUGCCGCCAUAGAAACCGAGCGGAAGGUGGAAGAGGAAACGUCACCGGCGAAGGAGGCGGAACCAGCAGCUGACCACUCAACGGCGUUGGCGGAGAAGAAAUGGCCUGGAUGGCCGGGAGACUGCGUGUUUCGUCUUAUAGUGCCGGUGCUUAAAGUUGGCAGCAUUAUUGGACGGAAAGGAGAUCUUAUAAAAAAGAUGUGCGAAGAGACGAAAGCUCGCAUUCGUGUACUGGAAGGCCCUGUCGGUAAUCCUGACCGCAUUGCUGCAACACAUAUAUCCAGUUUUUAUGUAAAUCGUGACCGCAUCAUUUACUUGGUCCUAAUAUCUGGCAAGGAAGAAAAAGAGGCACCCUUGUCACCUGCAAUGGAUGCUGUGAUAAGAGUAUUCAAGCGUGUUAAUGGCUUUCCAGAGAACGAGGAUGAUGGUGUAGCAUCCGUUCCCUUUUGCUCAAUCCGACUACUGGUACCGUCAAUGCAAGCCAUGAGUCUAAUUGGGAAGCAAGGAUCUUCAAUCAAGACAAUACAGGAGACCAGCGGUUGUUCUGUUCGUGUGGUCUCGAGUGAUGAAGUGUCAACAUUAUAUGCCAACUCGGAUGACAAGGUUGUGGAUUUACAGGGAGAAGCUGUCAAGGUACUGAAAGCUUUAGAAGCUGUUGUAGGACACCUGAGGAAGUUUUUGGUUGAUCAUAGUGUUCUCCCCCUGUUUGAAAAGACUCACAAUGCAACAGCCACACAAGAACGUCAAGUAGAGCCAUGGGCCGAAACAUCCAUGCUGCAUACCAGUUCACAUCCUCGGGUUGGCGGUGAUUAUCCUCUUCCAAUGAAGAGAGAAUCACUGUUUGCCAACCGUGAACCCCAGCGAGAGUCACAGUUUUCUUCAUCCAGACUUUCGUUUUAUGGACGUGAUCCUGGGUUAUCUACAACACGUUCUCCUGCACUUGGUGGUACGAGUGGUCCUUUUGUAACUCAGGUUGCCCACACAAUGCAAAUACCGCUGGUCUAUGCUGAGGACAUCAUUGGUGUUGGAGGGACAAAUAUUGCAUAUAUUCGUCGCACAAGUGGUGCAAUUCUUACCGUUCAAGAGAGCAAAGGCCUACCAGAUGAAAUUACAGUUGAAAUAAAAGGAACCUCAUCACAAGUUCAGACCGCUCAACAACUUAUUCAGGAAUGUGUAAACACCCACAAAGAUCCCAUUCCAAGUGGCUACGGAAACAUGGAUUCCGGUCUGAGGUCUUCCUACUCUCAAUUUGCAGAUUCAUCUUACCCGUCGUCUUAUAGUCGACAUUCAUAUGGUGGGUAUGGAAUGUCUGAUUCCGACCCGUAUGAUAGUUACAGAAUGUGAAUAGACCUACCUUUCUUUCUUACAACCCCUUUUUCGUGGAAAAAAUGUUAAUCAUUACUUGUGGCUUUGUAUCAUUGAUGGAUUCAUUGAAAUGCUUGAUGAACGUGUAAUUAGGUUUUAGCCAUCUAUCUGCUUAUUUGUUUUAGAAAUACCAAUGGUUUUUUUU